GUAAACCCCACGGGCCGCCACGGGCACAGGAGAGCUCUCGGCACCUCCGGGAAAGCCACCUCGGCCUCCCCCGCGCCCGGGCUCCAGCCGCGGCCGGCCCAGCCUCGACCUCAGCAGCGACCAGCUGCUCCUGCGAGGAGCCGAGCGAGCCCGGUCGCGGGCGGGGAGCGUGCGUCGGUUCGCACAGGCUGCGAGAGGAGGGGCGGCGCGAGUCAUGGCCGGGGACAGCGAGCAGACCCUGCAGAACCACCAGCAGCCCAACGGCGGCGAGCCCUUCCUGAUCGGCGUGAGCGGGGGCACGGCCAGCGGGAAGUCUUCCGUUUGUGCUAAGAUCGUCCAGCUUUUGGGGCAGAAUGAGGUGGAUUACCACCAGAAGCAGGUGGUGAUCCUGAGCCAGGAUAGCUUCUACCGAGUCCUCACCUCAGAGCAGAAGGCCAAAGCCCUCAAGGGCCAAUUCAACUUUGAUCACCCGGAUGCCUUUGACAACGAACUCAUCUUCAAAACACUCAAAGAAAUCACCGAAGGAAAAACCGUCCAGAUCCCCGUGUACGACUUUGUCUCCCACUCACGGAAAGAGGAGACGGUCACCAUCUACCCCGCCGACGUGGUGCUCUUCGAAGGGAUCCUAGCCUUCUAUUCCCAGGAGGUCCGAGACCUGUUCCAGAUGAAGCUUUUUGUGGACACAGAUGCGGAUACCCGUCUGUCUCGCCGAGUAUUGAGGGACAUCAGCGAAAGAGGGAGGGACCUUGAGCAGAUUUUAUCACAGUACAUUACGUUUGUGAAGCCUGCCUUUGAGGAAUUCUGCUUGCCAACAAAGAAAUACGCCGAUGUGAUCAUUCCUAGAGGUGCCGACAAUCUCGAAUAUUUUGCUGGAGGCUCUGGAGAAGGUUAGUGGCCAUCAACCUCAUCGUGCAACACAUCCAGGACAUCCUCAACGGGGGGCUCUCCAAGCGGCAGACGAACGGCUAUCUCAACGGCUACACCCCUUCCCGCAAGAGGCAGGCGUCAGAGUCCAGCAGCCGACCACAUUGACUCCCGUGCCCCUGACUCCAAACCCCAGCCCCCCAGCUCCAAGACACAGGAGGGGUCGAGAGGCUCUGGUCACCUGUACAUACGCCUCCUCAGAAAAUUACUGUAUUUAAGAAAACACCACGGAGAUGAAAUGCCUUGAUUUCCCUUUCUGCCUUUUUGUACUUUGGAACAGCAAAUCUUGAUGGAACUUGACCCUGAGCUUAAGUGACAAACUGUGCCAACUAGUACUGGUGAUGCCUAAUUAUGAACCCAACGUGUAACCAGUUAUAAAUACACACAUACAUACGUCUAUAUAAAAAGAAAGGAUCUAUUUUUGUGUAACUGUACAGAUACUGUAAAGCUGUUUGCCAUAAGUAUCCUGUAGGAACCUGUGCGUGGGUGUCGGGCCUGGAGCCCCGCUCAGCAGUCAGUGUUCUGUGCUCUGGCCACCGGGGAGCCACGGGAGUCGGGUGGUUGAUUGGUUGAUGUCCCUUGUUCUCAGCACCCUGGGCCUCAGUGGGGAUGGGACUCAACCCUCAAGGGCUCCCCUGUCAGAUGCCACCUCCUUGAAACUGGAGCUGAGGGAGAUACUUCUAUUUUUUUUUUUUUCCUGUUUUGUUUUGGAGUUGAAAUUAAGUGUGAUCUCAACUCACCUCAAUCUCAGGGAAGAGGCCCACUGAGGAAGAUCAGUCUGUCUGCGUUGUCUGCCGUUCCUUCUUGCCUCGCUCUGGUUGCCUGGGCACCUCCAUGACUCCUUUCUUCCUGUGCUAUCUUUGUUCCCCAGGAAGCCAGAGCUGUCUCCAAUUUCCAGGUGGGGAUUUUUUAGGGUCUCAUCCUGUGCGAAAAGAGAGAAGGGGGUGGGAGGGGACUCUGUCUCCUGGAGAGUGUAAGGAACUAGCUGGCCAAUUGCCUGACAAAUUAUUGGAUAAGAAUAUUUAUCUUAAUGAGCUUUGGUUAACGACAUCUGGUAUGGACCACUGACAUUUAUUUGAGGUUGCCCCAGGAGUUCUACCCAUGGAGCUGGCAAUAGUUUUUUGUCUCGUCUGAGCUGGGGCUGUAUUGGGAGGUGACAGCCAAUGCCUCACCCCCAGAGAUUCUCUUGAAGCAGCAGCAUCAGGAUGAUUUCCUGAACCACACUGUCACUGUGUUAAUAAGGUGGCUGCCUAGCAGGAAGGGGCCGGGAGAAGAGAAGUUAUUUCUUAGAAGAUGUUAAGGGAGGGUAGUUAAAUCAUGGGUACCUAAGCUGGGGUUUUAGAUUGAAGAUGCCCAAGGUAGAGAUCUUCAGCUCCUCUGAGCACUUCCUCUUGGUGCUGACUCCUGCCUAGAGGAGGUUGAUGGAUGGCUUGCUGAGAAGACAGCUGGAGGGAAUGGGACCAAGCAAGAAGGGACAGGUGUGAGGUAGAGGCCUCAGUCUGUGCUGGCUGCAGAAGAGCCGUGGAUUGUCACGUUGGUGGUCACCAUCCUGCGCUUUGUGGGUCACAUGCUUAGUCCCUCAACCCAUGGGAGAGCCUCAUGUCUGAGUAGCACUUGGAGCCCACUGAGGCUCUUACUCUGAUACUCCACAAACCGCACCGAGGUUCCCUCGAGCUGUCCCGUCUGAUUCCCCAAUCAGGAUUCAAAUUUGCCUUCAAUUCCGUUUUUCUAUUUAGGUGUCAUUAACCCAGUCCUCAGCAGAGCUUUGUCACUUUUCUGAGGCAGUAGGGGGCCGAGGUGCAGGCUCUGUAGCAAGUUCAUAUGCUGGUAGCUGCCUUUGGAGCAGGGAGCUCUCAGCUCAGGAGCCUGUGGGGAAGGCGCACUCACCAAGGCAGAUCCAUCUAGAGUAUUUGGGGAAGCAGUCUUUAUCACAUCAACUUCGUGAAAUCCUGAGAUUAGAAAACGGUAGGUUAGGACCUGGCCUCAGAUCCCAAGAACAAGGACCUCGGUGUUGCAUGUUGCAUGUGCUCAUGGGAAAAACUUAUUCCUGUGUACAAGAGCCUUGGCAGCUCAGUGGGUAGCACGCUCAACUUUACUUGAAGCUUCCAGGUGCCAAACCACUUCGUGCCUUGGCUGUCUAUCCCACUGCCGUGGAAAAGGGAUUCUUCCCAUCUCUGAGCCUUUAUUAGCUGCUCCCUCAUCUACCCAUGGUGUUGGGACCAAGCCUCCGAAACCUCUGAGCAGCCCACUUGUUGCAGCUUGGACACCGCUGUAGGACCACCUUACCCCUAUCUCCGUGGGAAGUUCUGGAUUGGCUAGAAGCAGUAUUUGCUGGGUAUAGGGAAGGGCUGGACGCUGUACUGUUUCCAGACCGCCGCCCAGCUUUUUGGCCAAUUGUGCAUUUGAACCUUCUCUACGGGAAACAUUGUGGUCUGAGCCUUGAGGUUUUGGUUUUGCCAUUCCAUUGUCGAGUAGGGAGGUAAAGGGAUCUUGAAGCCAUGGCAUUUGUCAUCUGGGGACUCAGAGCUGUUCUAGAGAGGAAGCCGAGCUGGGCAGAGCUGCACAACCUUGAACACAGGUGCAUAGAUCCUUCCACUUCAGAGCCACCCAAUGGUGCUUGCUUCCCCCACCCGUUCACAGACGUCUUUGGCCUGAGUGUUUAGGAAACGAAAAUUCUGAGUCUUGUGUCACAGGAAGGUCCAGCCUUACACCUCAUCAUGGUAAUACAACCCCCCCCCCCCCCGCCCCCCUGACUUCUCUUUGGAUAACCCGAGGCUGAAAAAGAUAGGCAUCUGAUCUAGCUUGGGUAGAGUAGGCCUGGGGAAGGGAGUGAAGCAGGUUCAUGCCUUGGGGCUAGGGCAGUGGCCAAGUCACCUGUCUCCGAACGAACACUUAGCGGUGACUACUCAGACCGUGGGGGAAGUUGGCUCCAGCUCGCUCUCUCCAGGGUGAGUCUCUUGGGAGGCCGCUGGGUCAGUGCCCCUGAGUAGUCAAAAGUGGAGACCGGAUCAACCUUGGCCUCAAAGCCCCCACUGCUGCAGAGGAAUGCAGUCUCUGGCAGGGAAAUGUUUUUCACUGCCCUUGGAACCUGUGUUGUUCAUGUCCAAGAGUCCAAAGAAAGGGCUGAUUUCCUGAGGCUGGGGUCAGCCCCUGGUACAUGCAGGCCCUUGCUUUCUUCGAAGGACCAGCUGGCCUUCUCUGUCUCCUUUGCCGUUCAUAUUUUCCUCUGGGCCAUUGCUGUAUGCUCUUUGUGUCAGGACAAGGAAGAGGGCAGGUUGGAAAGGCACAAUUGGAUGCAUCUAGUAGUGUAUACAAGUCCCUUUUAAGAUUCUGGCUCUGGUCCUGCUGUGUUCUCACGGUGCCAGCCACAGGUGACCGAGUUUCAGCAGCGGAGUCCUGUUUCUCUCGGGCAGUGAGUUCCUACCCAGCCCUGCCUCCAGAGCAAGGUUGGGUGGCUAGAGACCUAGGCUGUUCUUUCCCUGGAAGAUGCUGCCUCUUCCCGUCUUUGCUUUUUACUGCCCUGCCUUUGUUCGUGCUAUGAAAUGACCACACCCUAUGUACUUGGCUGUAAAUAAAGACAAAUAAAAACAA